AUGCAGAAAACGCCGUCAGGAUGCGAAGAGAUACUGAAAAGCAGGACUGCGCUGUGGAUGUCAGCAGAUGGCCACAUGGUGCUAUACGCCACCUUCAAUGACAGUCUAGUGCACGAGCAGAAGUAUCCUUGGUAUGGUUCGGCGCUGGACACUGAUGAUCCAACAAAGACAUACCCGGAGAUUAGGAGCGUGCGGUACCCUAAGCCGGGCACCCACAAUCCAACGAUAACGCUCACAGUGGCGGACAUCGCUGAUCCGAAGCAUAUUCGCACGAGGCAUUUGACACCGCCUAAAGUCAUCCUUGAGGAAGGUGACUACUACUUUACGAGCGCGCAGUGGGUCUCUCUGACAGAAGUGUGUGUCGUCUGGCUUACUAGGAUGCAGAAUCUCUCCGUGGUAUCCGUCUGCAAGAGCCCUAUGUGGUAUUGUCAAGAGGUAUACCGGAUAUCAUCGGGCUCUGAGGGUUGGGUGGAAUCAGCUCCGUCUCCUCUCUGGUCAGCGGGAGGCGGUGCGCUGGUGACUCUGGCUCCAAUCAGAGACGGGCCCGCAGGACUAUUCCGUCAUAUUGUAAGAGCGGAGCACAAUGCACAUGGACCAAGAGCGCUGCCGUUAACGCAUGGAAGUUUCGACGUCGUGAAGUUACUGGCGUGGGAUCAUGCUAAUCAGCACAUAUACUACUUGGGCAUACCCGAAGGCAAACCAGGGCAACAGCAUUUGUACAGAGUGUCGUCGGAAGCGCCACGAGCUGGAUCGCCACAGAAGUUGCCUUAUUGUGUUACGUGUAAUUCCCAGCCGUCGCCGUCAAUAAACCUGGAGUAUUACGGCAGCCUGGCGUCCUCAGGCGAUAACGCUUGGGAUAGCGACUGGAUGGACGAGGAGAUGUCAACGUCGCCAGCGCCACAGAAAAAGAAAAAGAAGAAACAUCCAGACGGUCUUCCCCAGAACCUCCCAUGCCUGUUCCACGACGCACAUUUCAGUCCAUCAUCGGCGUACUUCGUGUUAGAGUGCCUCGGGCCGGGCGUACCCACUUCCAGCCUUUACAAGAUCGCUCUGCCCGAACCCAGAUUGCUGACACAUUUGCAGAACAAUACUGUUGUUAAGGAGCGGUUAUCAGCAAUAGCUUUGCCGACACCACGAACAUUUUCAGUACAGCUGUCCAGUGGGUACGCUGCCAGAGUAAGACUGCUACUGCCACCUGGGUUGAGAGAGGACGAGGUUACUAAAUAUCCUUUGGUGUUGAAAGUGCAUGGUGCACCAGGCACUCAGCUAGUAACAGAAGAAUGGUCUCUUGACUGGGGCUCAUUGGCCGCGGGGGCAGGGGCGGUGUUGGCGUCAGUGGACGCGCGGGGGGCGGGCGGCAGGGGAUUGGGAGCACAUCAUGCACUACAUCGGAGGUUGGGCACUGUGGAGUUGGCCGACCAAUUAGAAGUUGUCGAGUAUCUCCGAGACUCUCUGCACUUUAUAGACGCACGCCGCGUGGCCGUCUGGGGCCGAGCUCACGGAGGGUUUCUGGCAGCUUUGGCUCUGGCCAGUCCGCUGAACGUGUUUCAUUGCGGGAUUGCGCUUACGCCGAUUGUACGUUGGAGGUAUUAUGCUUCGGCCUACGCGGAGCGCUACAUGGGUUUCCCAAAUGCGACAAACAAUUACCGCGGCUACGCAGAGGCUGACGUCACGAAGCAGGCGUCUGCGUUGCACGACAAGAUGCUAUUGCUGGUGCACGGCACGGCCGAUGACAACGUGCAUGUGCAGCAGACCAUGGCACUCGCGAGGUCGCUAGCUGACCAGGGUAGCAUGUUUCGACAGCAGAAUAGAAUAAUCGAUGGGGACAAAGAGCUCUCAAGAGGCGACCGUAUACCGAAAGACGCACUAUAA